UCUUUCCCAGCAGUGCGGCUGCAGUGGGGGAUCUGAGGCUGCCACUGUGCAUGCGUGAGUUGUUGCUGCGGGCAGCGCUGCAUCGCUGGCUGCGUUACACUGAAUGCGUCGCUGGGCAGCGCUGGAGCCUGGCGGGGGUGCUGCAGCGUGUGGGACUGACGGCCGGGCAGAGCAGCUGCAGCCUGCCCCACAUCUGGAAACAACUGCACAAGCUGCAGGGGGAGGCGCGGGUGCUGCGGUGCUGCAGUGGUGACUACGAGCGAGUGCUGGGGCUGGGCCGGGAGCUGGAGGUCCAGGCUGAUGAGCAGACCAGGCUGGUGCUGCGGGGAGAGAUGUCCCAGCUGCAGAGCGACUGGGAGCGGGCCGGCUCACUGCUGGAGACCAACGUAUCACACAUCACCAACGUCCAGCAGAUAUGCAGCAGAUGUUGUGAGGAGGCAGCUGUGCUGGGCCACAAAGUGCAGGAGCUGCGGGCGGAUGUGAAGAGUGUACGGUGUGGAGCCAGCGAGAGCGGCCAGACUCAGCUCCAGGUACAGGGUGCGGAGAUGUUGUGGGGAGACUGGGCCAGCCGGCUCGCCGCGCUGAGCAGCCAGACCAGCCUGGUGGCCGCCUGCCUCUCCCCUGGCACUGCCGCCGCCUUCCAGGCCCAGCCGGCACAUCUGGAGCUCCAGUGGCAACAGUUGGAGGAGGCGGCGCCGAGGCUGGGGAUAAGCCGGGGGCAGCAGCAGAGGCUGCUGUUCAUCAGCCGGUGCAAGCGGCUGCAGGAAUGGCUGACACAGACGGAGGAACAGAUCUCCGUGUGCACCGGGCCGACACUCGAGGAGACCAUCGAGACGCUGCAGAAGGCGUGUGUGGGGGAGCUGGGCCGGCGUGCGUGGCGUAGGAGCAGCGUGGAGCGGCUGGGGGCGGCGCUGAGGGAGAGCGAGGCGGGCCCUGCUGCCGACAUCGAGGGCAAGCUGACUCUCCUCAACAAUCGCUGGCGACAACUCGGGCACCUCGCCCAGCACAGGGUGAAGAGGCUGCAGGAGACGCUGAGCUCGGCGCAGAGCCUGGGCCGAGAGAUGAACUGCCUCCGCUCCUGGCUGGCUCACAUGGAGUCCGAGCUCUCCAAGCCCCUGGUCUACAGCAUCUGCGACGACCAAGAAAUCGAGAGGAAGCUCGCCGAACAGCAGGAGCUGCAGCGGGAGAUUGAGCAGCGCAGUGCAGGUGUUGCGUCGGUGCUGCGCCUGUGUGAUGGGCUGCUGGAGGAGGGCGAGGCCGAGGCUGAAUGCGACGGGCUGCAGCACGGCAGCCGCAGCCUGCAGCGGCGUUGGCGUAAUGUCUGCUCCAUGGCCGUGGAGCGCCGCAUGAGGAUUGAGGAGACGUGGCGUCUGUGGCAGAAGUUUCUGGAAGACUACUCUCAGUUUGAGGAGUGGCUGCAGGGGGCAGAGGAGGCGGUGACCAACCCCCUCACCUCCCAUGUGCCCUACGCCCUGGCCCGGGAGGAGCUGAAGAAGUACGAGGCGCUGCAGCGAGGGGCGCAGGAAUCUCUGACGCAGCUGGAGUUGAUCAACAAGCAGUAUCGCCGCCUGGCGCGGGAGCACCGCACCGACACCAGCAGCCGCCUGCGCCGCACACUGGCCGCAGCCAACCAGCGCUGGGACCGGCUACAACGCCGCACCACCGCCAUACUGCGCCGGCUCAAGCACCUGACGGGGCAGCGGGAGGAGUUUGCAAGUGGCCGUGCAGCGGUGCUGGUGUGGCUGACCGAGCUCGACCUGCAACUCACCAACGUCGAGCACUUCUCCCAGAGCCACAUCGCCGACAAGGUCCGCCAGCUCCACGUGAGUCCCACCCCCGUACA